AUGCCACCGCUCUUCAUCGCCUCCCUCGGCAAUCCUCCACCAAAGUACCACAAGACCCUUCAUUCCGCCGGGCACAUCCUCCUCCGCGCUGUUGCCGAGCACCUCUCCGCCAACUCCUUUGCUCUGUCCCCUCAUCUAAAAGGCGCCUUAGCAACCGAAGCCUACCUGCCGCACUCGCAGACCCGGCUAACAUUAUGGCAAUCACCGACCCUCAUGAACAUCUCCGGCCCAACGAUGGUGCGGGCCUAUAAGUCGUGGUUGGCGAGAGAGGGAGCGGACCCCGUCUUACCACUCGCCGCGAACACACCCGGAAGGAAAAAGAAUGCAGAUCACCGACCGCCUUUGAGCCUGAUAUUGGUGCACGAUGAAUUAGAGCUGCACCCUGGGGAGCUGAGGAUUCGCCGUGGGGGCGCAGAGCUCUCGGCCAGAGGACAUAACGGAGUCAAGAGCGUGACUCAAAGUUUGGUAGAGGCGGGGCUUCUACCGGCAUCGUCUUCGUUGACAAAGGCAAGAGGGAAGGGUGCUGCUGGCGAAGAUGCUGCCUUGCCUCCGAUUGUGCUCCGGGUGGGCAUUGGAAUCGGCCGGCCAGCGUCUCGUGAUCCUGGUACAGUCGCGGAUUAUGUCCUACGGGAGAUGCGCCCCGCUCAGUAUCAGGAGACGUGUAAUCUGGCUGGUCGUGUUGUAGAAAUGCUGGAGGUAGAAAUGGCUCGGGUGCAGUCGUGA